AUGGGGCCCCCGGGUAAUAGGAGAUCAUGGGGCCCCUGUGUCCUUGCCCAAACUCAAAAAAGCCUAUGAAAAAGAAUGCUAAAUUUGGUGCAGCUCUGCAUAAAAACCUAUCAAGGUCUAGGUUUUAUUGUCAAAUCUUAAUUGAACAAGCUGAAGCGUGAUGCUGAUCGGCUACCAGGGGCGGACUGACAACUCAUGGGGCCCCCGGCAAUAGGGGAUCAUGGGGCCCCUGUGUCCUUGCCCAAACUCAAAAAAGCCUUUGAAAAAGGUACCAGGGGCAUCUCAUGGGGCCCCCUACUGACCCCCGGCUCUCGGGCAGUGCCCGAGUUUCUAAAUGGUCAAUCCUCCCCUGCC